AUGCCGCCCAAAAAGCCAGACCUUUCUGGCUACCAGUAUUCGGCCCUCUCGUCGCUGGUCAUCAACGCAGAUCGUUCGCAGCGUCGUCCAGAUGAGCCGUCCGGCGAGGCCGAGUCGUUGGCCGGUCGCAUCAACUUUCGCGACAUGGGUUCCGCGGUCAAGUCAGAGGGCGUCAAGGACCUAGACAAGAAGCGCAAGAAGGCUGAAGCAGGCGACGAGCUCAAACAGCCUCAACCAAAACGACAAGCUGUCUCUAGCUCCUUUUCACAACAGAACACCUACGCCAACGUCCUUCAGGCCACAGCAGAGCUCGAAGGUCUUCGCUAUCAUCCCAAGACGGCAGAGACCAGAGAUAUCUACGAGCUCAUCCUCAGCAUUGUCCACACAGCACUAGGCGAUCAGGCACAGGAUGUGGUUCGCUCAGCCGCAGACACGACACUCGAAAUCCUCAAAGAUGACGACCUCAAAGAUCUCGACAAAAAGAAAGAGAUCGAAGAGAUCCUGGGUGUACUCAGCACUGAAACUUUUGGUCAGCUCACCAAUCUCAGCAAAAAGAUCACCGACUAUGACGAGCCAAAUCCUCAGGACGGUGCUGCCAACGGGAAUGCAAAGAUGGCAGAGAUCGAUCAGGAGGCAGGCGUCGCUGUUCUCUUCAACGACGAGGAAGAGGAGAGCGAUCAGGACGGAGUCGGCUACGUCGUACGCGAUGGCAGUGACGACUCGGACGCUUCUGAUGACGAAGCACGCCCUCGCCAAGGAGCUGAGGAUGCGGAUGCCUCGGACGCCGAAGCCGACAAUGACGACGGAGAGGAUGCGCUCAUGAUCGGAACAAGCGCAUCAGCAGCAAACGGCGCUUCGAAGCAGAAUGACCCAAAUCAUGUCAGCCCGCGCGACGUCGACGCUUUCUGGAUUCAACGGCAGAUCUCGCAGCACUACUCCGACGCACACGAGGCCAGCGAAAAGGCAGACAGCGCCUUCGACAUCCUCUCCGCCGAGUCUGACGUCCGCGACUGCGAGAAUGGCCUCAUGGAGCUCUUUGACUACGACAAGUUCGAGCUGGUUCAGGUGCUCACCAAGAAUCGAGACUUGGUCGUUUGGUGCACACGACUGUCACGCGCAGACGACGAUGAGAGGGUCAACGUGCAGGUGGCAAUGCGCGAGAAGGGCGUUGCCUGGAUUCUCAAGGCGCUACAAGGCGAUGCAGCCCUCAAUGGCACUUCAACGAAGGGCAAGGCAGGGAACGGGCUGGCAGCUGCCGAUCUCGAGAAUGCUCAGCGGAAAGCUCAAAGACUCACCAGCCGGGCCACCAUCGCACCAGGCUCUACAGCACAGCCACGACGCGGCGUGGACCUCGAAGCAAUGGUCUUCACGCAGGGCGGACAUCUCAACACCAAUGCAAAGGUACGUCUGCCCGAGGGGAGCUUCAAACGCACCAAGAAGGGGUACGAGGAGAUCCACAUCCCUGCGCCUGUCAAGAGAACCGUAGGAGAAGGCGAGCUCGUGCCAAUAGCCAACCUACCCGAAUGGGCGCAAGGUGCCUUUCCAGGUGCGACAUCGCUCAAUCCAGUGCAAUCACGCUGCUAUCCAGUCGCAUUUGGUUCCGACGAGCCUAUGUUGCUGUGCGCUCCCACGGGCGCCGGCAAGACCAACGUCGCCAUGCUGACCAUCCUCCACGAGAUCGGCAAGUGGCGCGAUCAGGAGACCGGCGAGAUCGACCUCAAUGCGUUCAAGAUUGUCUACGUCGCACCGAUGAAGGCGCUUGUAUCGGAGCAAGCGGGCAACUUCCGCGACCGUCUGCAGUUCUACGGCAUUGUCGUCAACGAGCUGACAGGAGACAGCCAGCUGACCAAGGCACAGAUUGCCGAGACGCAGAUCAUCGUCACAACACCCGAGAAGUGGGACGUCAUCAGCCGCAAGAGCACCGACACGUCGUACACCAACCUCGUCCGCCUUCUCAUCGUCGAUGAGAUCCAUCUGCUGCACGAUGACCGAGGGCCGGUUCUCGAAGCCAUCAUCUCGCGGACCAUCCGCCGCAUGGAGCAGAUGAGCGACCCGGUCCGUCUCGUCGGUCUUUCAGCCACGCUACCUAACUACCAGGAUGUGGCCACCUUCCUCCGCGUCAACCCCAAGACGGGUCUCUUCUACUUCGAGAGCAACUACCGACCAUGUCCGCUCAAGCAGGAAUACGUCGGCAUCACCGAGAAGAAGGCCAUCAAGCGCCUGCUCGUCAUGAACGAGGUCACCUACGAAAAGACGCUCGAUCAAGCUGGAAAGAAUCAGGUGCUUAUCUUUGUCCACUCGCGAAAGGAGACUGCCAAGACGGCCAAGUUCAUUCGGGACAAGGCGAUGGAGCAGGAGACUCUCAACCGCUUUUUGCCGCCUUCGCCCGCCAGUCAGGAGGUGCUGCGCUCCGAGCUGGACAAUGUGACCGACGGCGACCUCAAAGACGUGAUGCCGUACGGGUUCGGCAUCCACCAUGCUGGCAUGUCGAGACUCGAUCGUGAGCUGGUGGAAGCGCUAUUCGCCGACGGACAUCUCCAGGUGCUCGUCUCCACCGCCACCCUCGCUUGGGGUGUCAACCUCCCAGCACACACCGUCAUCAUCAAAGGCACGCAGAUCUACAACCCGGAAAAGGGCCGUUGGUGCGAGAUCACGCCGCAGGACAUGCUCCAGAUGCUCGGUCGUGCCGGUCGACCGCAGUUCGACACCUUUGGCGAAGGCAUCAUCAUCACCAACCACUCCGAGCUGCAGUACUACCUUAGCUUGCUCAACCAGCAGCUGCCGAUCGAGUCGCAGCUCGUGUCCAAACUCGCCGAUAACCUCAACGCCGAGAUCGUGCUCGGCACCAUCCGCAAUCGCGACGAAGCUGUGGCAUGGCUAGGCUAUACGUAUCUCUACGUGCGCAUGCUGCACUCGCCAACGCUCUACAGCGUCACCGCCGACUACGCCGAAGACGACCCGUUCCUCGAGCAGAAGCGUGCCGACAUCGUCCACACUGCCGCAGCCCUGCUGGAAAAGUGCGGUCUGCUGCGAUACGAGCGCCGAACGGGCAACUUCACCUCGAACGAGCUCGGACGCAUCGCGUCGCACUACUACAUCACCCACGACAGCAUGUCCACCUACCACCAGCAGAUCAAGCCGCAGCUCGGACUCAUCGAACUCUUCCGCAUCUUUGCGCUCUCCAACGAGUUUCGCCACCAGGUGGUACGACAAGACGAGAAGCUCGAGGUCGCCAAGCUGCUCGAACGCGUGCCUGUCCCUGUCAAGGAAGCGGCAGACGAUCCGAUCGCCAAGGUCAACGUGCUCUUGCAGUCAUGGAUCUCGCAGCUCAAGCUCGAUGGCUACGUGCUUGCUGCUGACAUGGUCUACGUGACGCAGUCGGCCGGCCGCAUCCUACGAGCCAUCUUCGAGAUCUGCCUCAAGCGCGGCUAUGCCCGCCUCAGCAGGAUGGCGCUGGACCUGUGCAAGAUGGUCGAAUCGCGGCAGUGGGGCUCGAUGACACCGCUGCGUCAGUUCCGCGGUGUACCGGCCGACUUGAUCCGACGCUUGGAACGCAAAGAGUAUCCUUGGAAUCGACUGCGCGAUCUCGAGCCAAAUGAAAUCGGCGAGCUUAUUGGUAUUCCCAAAGCGGGUCGUCUCGUGCACAGACUCGUGCACCAAUUUCCGCGUUUGGAACUGCAAGCUUUCUUCCAACCACUCACCCGCUCGCUGCUUCACGUCCAGCUCACCAUCACACCGGACUUCCAGUGGGACGAAAAGGUGCACAGCGGUGCGCAAUCGUUCUGGAUCAUGGUCGAGGACGUCGAUGCCGAGAUCUUGCACUAUCACGACCAGUUUCUGCUGCUCCGCAAGUAUGCGGAACAGGAGCACACAGUGACGUUCACGAUCCCGAUGACGGAACCGAUCCCGCCCAACUACUACAUCAGCGUCGUCAGCGACCGAUGGCUGCACAGCGAGGUGCGACUUCCGAUCUCGUUUAAGAACCUCAUCCUGCCGGAAAAGUUCCCGCCGCACACGCCUUUGCUCGAACUUCAGCCGCAACCUCUUUCCGCACUGAACGAUGCCGAUGCGGAAGAGCUGUACGCCAGAUCAUUCUCGCAUUUCAACAAGGUCCAGACGCAAACCUUCCACGCGCUCUACGGCAGCGACGACACGGUCUUCAUCGGCGCACCCACGGGCAGCGGCAAGACGGUAUGUGCGGAGCUCGCUCUCUUGCGGCUCUGGAAGGACCCAGAAGCGGGUCGAGCCGUCUGCGUCGUGCCGUACGACUCUAUGGUCGCCCCACGCGUCGCGGAAUGGAAGACCAAGUUUGGCUCCUACCAGGACGGCAAGGAGAUCGUAGGCCUCACAGGCGAGACCAGCGCCGAUUUGCGACUGCUGGAGAUGGCCGACGUCGUCAUCUGCACUCCCGAGCACUGGGAUGUCCUCUCCCGCCGCUGGCGCCAGCGCAAGAACGUUCAGACCAUCUCGCUCUACAUCUUUGACGAGAUCCACCUCAUCGGCGAUUACCGCGUCGGCCCCACAUACGAGAUUGUCGCCUCGCGUGCUCGUUUCGUCGCCGCGCAGACGCAGACCCCGACCCGCAUGAUCGCGCUCAGCGUCCCCCUGGCCAACGCACGCGAUCUCGGCGACUGGCUCGGCGCACCAAGCGGAAGCGUGUUCAACUUUGCCCCUGCCGCACGCCAGGUUCCGAUGGAGGUGCACAUCCAGACGUUCAACAUCCCGCACUUCCCGAGCAUGAUGAUCGCCAUGGCCAAGCCUGCGUACCUGUCGAUCAUCGAGCAUGCGCCCGACCAGCCGGUGAUUGCGUUUGUGCCGAGCAGGAAGCAGGCCAAGCUGACGGCGGAAGAUCUGCUCGCCUAUGUCAUCGCCGACAGCGACCGCGCCGAUGGUGAGAGCGACGAUGGCGAAUCCCGCUUCCUCAACAUCGAGAUGGAGGAUCUAGAACCCCAUCUGGCGCGAGUUCAAGACCGAGAGCUGCGCGAGCUGCUCGCUAGCGGUAUCGCAUACUACCACGAGGGACUCACCAAGAACGAUCGCCGCAUCGUCGAGCGUCUCUUCUCCGCCGAUGCCAUCCGUGUCGUCGUCGCAUCCAAAGAAACCGCAUGGAGCAUCCCGCUCACCGCCCACCUGGUACUGCUCAUGUCCGUUCAAACGUAUGAAGGGCGAGAGCACCGCUAUGUCGACUAUGCGCUGCCCGACGUGCUCCAGAUGGUCGGCCGCUGCGUCGUCCCAAACGAAGCCGGAACCUCUCGUCUCGUCCUCCUCUGUCAAUCGACGCGCAAAGACUACUUCAAGAAGUUCCUCGCCGAGGGUCUACCCAUCGAAUCACGCCUCACGUCGUACGCACAGGACUUUUUCAACGCCGAAAUCGUCGCGCGUACGAUCGACGACAAGCAAGCCGCGGUCGACAUCCUCACCUGGACGCUCAUGUAUCGACGGCUGCAGCAGAACCCCCAAGCGUACAACUGUCAGGGCAAAUCCAUGGCGCAUAUCGGCGAAUACCUCUCGGAGCUGGUCGAGACGACACUGGCCGAUUUGGAGAACAGCAAGUGCAUAGCGAUCGAGGACGAGAUGGAUGUCUCGCCCUUAAAUCUGGGUAUGAUCGCGUCGUACUACAACGUGAGCUACGUCACGAUUGAUGUGUUCAACAUGUCGCUCAGUGCGCGGACGAAGUUGCGCGGGUUGCUGGAGAUCGUGUCGAGUGCGGCGGAGUUCGAGGAUCUACCGAUCAGGGCGCAUGAGGAUGUGGUGUUGGGGCGCAUCUACGAUCGAUUGCCGCUCAAGCUCGAGAGGUUGGACACGCUCAGUCCGUACCACAAGGCGUUUGUGCUGCUCCAGGCGCAUUUUGCACGGUUGACGCUGCCGGUGGAUCUGGAGGCGGAUUUGCGGGUGGUGUUGGGCAAGGUGUUGGUGCUGUUGAGUGCGUGUGUGGAUGUUAUGUCGAGCAAUGCGUAUUUGGGAGCGGUGGUGGCGAUGGAGGUGAGUCAGAUGGUGGUUCAAGCGGUAGGGCAGGGAGGGUCGGUGUUGCGCCAGGUGCCGUUCUUCACGGAUGCCGUGGUGGCGAGAUGCAAGGAGAGGGGGGUGGAAGAUGUGUAUGCCUUGUCGGAUCGCCUGGCGGAUCUGGGCGAGGGGGAGAGGGACGAACUACUCCAGAUGGACAAACGACAGAUUGCGCAGGUGGCAGCCUUCGUCAACGCUUUCCCCUACAUCGAGCUCAGCUACACCAUCGACACCCCGCGCGAGGAGCGCAAUGCGAGCGAACCGCUCAGCGUCACCGUCCACCUCGAGACGGAUGCCGACGAAGAGGAGAGUCUGGUGGCCCAGUCGACGUUCUAUCCGACCAAAAAGCUGGUUCAGUGGUGGAUCGUCAUCGGUGACCCGGGCACGCGGAACUUGUUGGCGAUCAAGAAGGUCACGAUUCGCAAGACGACGGAUGUUACGCUCGAGGUGCAGUUGCCUAAGGGAAGGCACGAGAGGUUGAAGAUCUGGUUGGUGUGCGAUAGCUAUGUCGGCGCGGAUCGGGAGGUCGAGGUGGAGGCGGUGGAGGUGGCCGAGGGUGUGGAGAGCGAUGAGGAGGAGAGUGAUGAGGACGAUGAAGAGGAGGAUGGGGAGUGA